AUGGCUGGUAUCCGCACUUGUCUCCGGAAAUACUAUACCCACACAAGUUGUCAACAUCCGUUUUUAAACUGGUCAAGGUGUUCUUCACGAUCUCCAUGGAAAAUAUUCACGCUUUCAUUUUUUGCUCAGAUAAUAGAACAUUGUAAAUCUCUAAGUGAAAAUACGGACCCUAAUGAAUCAAAUUCGAAAGCACGAUGGAGAAAGAUGUUCACUAUGAAUCAAAAAUUCAAAACAGAGGACUUUUAUAUACCAACAAAAACAAUUGCAGUACAUGCACAUAUAUACAUGUAUAAAAGUACACUGUCAGCAUGGUCAGAAGAAUAAUUUUACUGGAGGAUUAAAAUUUUGAUACCUGGAAUCAGCAAUGAAUAUGAAAAUGAAAAUGAGAUAUAUUCAUGUACAGAAUGGUAACCGAGGUGGUUCAAUUGUUUAUUAGCAGACAUUUUUGUCGAACUUAUGCAGGAUUGAAUAAAUGAAACUUAAGCUGACUAUGGGCUCAAUGUGUAGUAAAAAGAGGAUUUUGAAAUAUAUGCAAGAUUCAUCAACAUUACAAUGUGCACAAGUGAAA